AUGGCGGCGCCCGUGCCCCCUCCUCGCCCCGUCACCCACCUGCUUUUCGACAUGGACGGCCUCCUUCUGGAUACCGAGCGGCUCUACUCGGUCGUUUUUGAGGACAUCUGCGGGCGCUACGGGAAGAAGUACAGCUGGGACGUGAAGUCGCUGGUGAUGGGCAAGAAGGCGCUGGAGGCGGCCCAGCUGAUCAGAGACACGCUGCAGCUCCCGAUGUCCGCGGAGGAGCUGGUGGAGAUGAGCCAGGCCAAGCUGAAGGAGGUCUUCCCCACGGCCGCGCUCAUGCCAGGCGUGGAGAAGCUGAUCCGCCACCUGCGGAAGCACGAUGUGCCGUGUGCCGUGGCCACCAGCUCGGGGACGGCGUCCUUCCAGCUGAAGACCAGCCGCCACCAGGACUUCUUCGGCCUCUUCCACCACGUGGUGCUGGGCGAUGACCCGGAGGUGCGGAGCGGGAAGCCGGACCCAGACAUCUUCCUGGCCUGUGCGCGCCGCUUUUCUCCGGCUCCUCCCCCCGACAAGUGCCUGGUCUUCGAGGACGCGCCCAACGGGGUGGAGGCGGCCCUCGCUGCCGGGAUGCAGGUGGUCAUGGUCCCCGACGGAAACCUGAACCCAGACCUGACCUCCAAGGCCACCCUCGUGCUGGCUUCCCUGCAGGAUUUCCAGCCCGAGCUGUUCGGCCUGCCGCCCUACGACUGA